AUGAGAGGUGCAGAGGAUAUUAGAGGAGCACCGGACGUAGCAAGAGCGCAUGGUGAUGCAGCAGUGGCGAAUGACGUUGCAGCAGAUGACUGGUUACUUAACGGAGGAGUGCCCGAUACAUCAGGCAGGGGAAGUGCAUCAAGAGCAGGUGCACAGGCUGUACCAGCAGCAGGACAGGUGCAGGCUGUAGCAGACGCCAAGGCUGUAGCAGACGCCAAGGCUGUAGCAGACGCCAAGGCUGUAGCAGACGCCAAGGCUGUAGCAGACGCCAAGUCUGUAGCAGGCGCGUAG